GUAACGCGGGCUCAUCGGUGAAGUCAUCGAUCAAUGGAUCAUCGCUAUGAAACUUCUACAAGCGCACGCAAACAGCUGAACACUUUUAGCUGAAAAGAAGUAACGGCGCAUUAACGGUCCACAUUAUACAGCAGAAGCUCAACCUUAAUCGCAUAGCUGAUUAUUUCGAAGAUUCGCCGAAGCCUACCGUCAGAGUAUUAAGUAACUUAAAAUGAUAAAACUCGAAUAGUAGAAAUUAUGAUCAAUCAAAGUCUGAUGAAAUAUAAGCAAAUAUCUGAAUAAAGGAAUCAUUUUUGCUGGAAUUUUACACGAAGUAAUCAUCUUGGUUAUAAAUUUUUUUACACAGCAAAAACGUGAUACAUAAUAAAACGCAUGUCUGACUUACAGAUAUAAAAAAAAAGAAACUAAGAAGAAUUCAAUAAGAACCUGUGCGUCUCUUUGAGUCAGAGUCCGCGGAAGAGGAUUUCUGGAUGUGGCACGGGUCAGUCGAGGUCGCGGGUUUAGAUUCGCCUGGGUCUCCGUGUCAUAAGCGACCGAUAGGUCAUCCGUACGUGAGCGCAACUCCACUUAUCCUACCCGCAUGCGAAAGGAGAAAAGACCCGAGGGUUUGUAAUCACCGUCACGUCGCGCCAUCGCCUGCAAUGACAAUGGACGCGGUUCUCGCUGCACAUCUAAGUAAUUCCGUGCCUUGGUCUCACGAUCGUGCGUGGAAUGAUUAACCCACGCGGUUGCGAAUGGGAGACAUUGUGGACUUGGUUAACACCUUUCAUAAAGGAUGUCUCGGAAAAUGAGAUGAUCUCACAAUACAAUGUUUAAGAUGAUUCCGUCCGAUUGCAUUCUGGACAUAUCGAACGUGUUCCAUUCCACCAACGUCGUGAUCGAAGGUAGCUGUCUUAACAAAUCCGAGCCCACCGCAGUGCUCAGAGAUGUAUCAGCCCGUGUACACGGCGGAGAAGUGUUAGCUAUUCUAGGAUCGAAAGGUUCCGGUAAGCGAGCGCUCCUCGAUGUUAUCGCCGGAAGAGCAGACGGCGAGACGAGGGGGAGGAUAACUCUGAAUGGCAAUUUGUUAACACCGGAACUGUUCCGCCGUCACGGUGGCUACGUAGCUCACAGAUGUCAUCUGUUGCCGAGCUUGACGGUGCGCCAGACUCUGACGUACGCCACGUGGCUCGCCAAUUUGAGCAACCGCGAGGUCCGAGUGCGGCAGACCCUCGCCGACCUGGCGCUCUCGCAGGUCGCCAACAGGUCGGUGAACGAUCUCACCCGGCCGGAGUAUCGGCGGCUGAUGCUGGGCGUGCAACUGGCGAAGGAUCCGACCCUGCUGCUGUUGGACGAGCCGACCUGGGACACCGAUCCGCUUAACACGUACCUCAUCGUCUCGAUGCUGUGGUCCUACGCCACCCGACGCGGCUCCAUCGUCGUCCUCACCAUGGAAACACCCAGAUCCGACGUGCUCCCCUUCGUCAGUCGCGUGACGUUGCUGUGCUUGGGCGCGGUAGUUUACUCGGGACCCACCAGAAGCAUGUUGGAUUACUUUACUUACAUCGGCUUCCCGUGUCCGGAACUGGAGAAUCCCUUGAUGUAUUACCUUUGCCUGUCGACCGUCGACCGCCGGUCCAGAGAUCGCUUUCUGGAGUCCAAUCAGCAGAUCUCGGUUUUAGUUGAGAAGUUCAAGGUGGACGGCGUACUCUACAUGAAAGAGGCACCCCAAAUGCCGCAAAGUAUGAAAGAUAGUGCUCUCGGCAUUAUGCAUAAGGGUUUAGGUCGUGGAAUUAAGCCCGGAUGUUUCUCGACUCUUCUGGCACUGUAUUUGCGAAGUAUGGCAGCUACGUUCUCUUUGAAUAAGACCGGCCUAGGACAUUUCGCCGCUCGCCUGCUGUUACUGCCAUUCUUAGUCGCUCUAAUGAGCAUACUGUACUCGCACUCAAGUCCCGUACAGUCAAGGAUCUUCUUACAAACCGGUGGUUUAAUCUUCAACGUCUUGACGUUGUUUUACGUAGCUGGAAUAGCCACGACAUCAGUUUUAUUUCCAGGUUUUCGCACGAGAUACUAUCAAGAAAAGCGAGAGGGUCUCUACGGCGGCGCGAUGUUUCUGACCGCGUACACCCUGCUGAGUCUGCCGCUGAGCUUCAUAUCGACCCUGAUAACAAUCGGAAUUUUGGUUCCGAUUCUGGAGCUGGACCUCACUUCUUGGGCGUACGCUUCCGGCAUUCUAUGGUCCAGUUACGUGGCGGCUGAGCAAGUGACGGUGGCAGUGCUGAUGGUAGUCGGACGACCUUUAACCGGUGCCAUCACGGUGUUAUAUAUGACCCUGCUGUCCCUGGUGAUCGCAUCCGGCGCUAUUCGCAGCCUGAAGAACCUGCCCUACUGGCUAGUGAUGGUGUCAACCGCGUUGCCAAUUAGAUAUUCCUCUUUGGCGCUGAAUCAGCUGGUCAUCGACACGCCCAUCUUGUCGAAUCUGCCGUACAACGAGAGCUUUACCUGCCCGGGCAUGGCCGAGCUCUGCAGAUAUCCCGACGGCAAGACUUAUCUGAUAGAACGCUUCACCAAGGAGGGUGAGAACAUCUCCGAGGUAUUGAACGUGGACUUGAAUCUGCUCAUCUCCCUGGCGUUCGCCAUCGGUCUUAUCAUAUUGAACAGCGUUCUGUAUCUGUUGCCGCUGCCCGCCAGAGUGAAGGCUAAAUUCAGAGAAUAAUGGAUUCUAUUGAUAGUGAUCGUCAAUAUUAUGUUGCAUUCAAAUACUCGGAUGUAGCGCUGAACUCGAAUGUUGCAUUUGUGAUU